GCUAGGGAUGGGCUUUGGCCGCUAUGCCCGCCGCACGCGUCCCGCAUUGCGUGCCUUGAAGGGAGCGGGCUAGGAGGUGGCCACCGCGCCCGGGGCAGACUGACAGUCGCACACGAUGGCUGGAGGCCUGGCGGGAUCCUGCUCUAUGGGUCCCCCCACCCCUGGCACCGGGCGCCAAUCACGGCGGCUUUCCGGAGGCCCCGCCCAGAGGCGCGGCAUUUCUGGAGUCCAGCUGGCUUUCGGCGGGCCCCUCGAGCCGGGGGAGGGACGCCGAGGGCCCCUGGAGCCUGGCCCGGGGCGUCCGCGCCUGCCCCUCCUCCUCGCUCUAAUCUGGCAACGUGCUCAAUCAGUGCUCGGAGCGGGAGGGGCACGUGGGGCCGCUGCGGAUUGGCCGUCGGUCCCUCCGCCCCGCCCAAUCGGAGCCGCCCGCGUCGCGACCAGCCAAUCGCAGCCUUGGCCCGCCCCGCGGCCGGAGUCCAGACUUCUUCCGCUGCUCUGCUGCGAGGAACUUUGACCCGCCGUCCCAGUCAGCUGAGGCUCGGUGAACCCCGACUAGCCGCUGUCCGUUCCCCGGAGCUCACGCCGCGCCGCCGCCGCCAUGCCCUUCGUGGAGCUGGACACGAGCCUGCCGGCUGAGCGGCUGCCCAAGGACCUGAGCCAGCGCCUGUGCGCCGUGGCGGCGGCCGUGCUGGCCAAGCCCGAGGAGAGAGUGAACGUGACGGUGCGGCCGGCGCUGUCCAUGGUCCUGAGCGGCUCGGCCGCCCCCUGCGCGCAGCUGGUCGUCGCCUCCAUCGGGGUGGUGGGCACGGCCGAGCAGAACCGCGAGCACAGCGCCAAGUUCUUCGAGUUCCUCACCAAGGAGCUGGGGCUGAGCCAGGAGCGGAUCACCAUCCGGUUCUACCCCCUGGAGCCCUGGCAGAUCGGCAAGAUGGGCACGGUGAUGACGUUCCUGUGAGGGGCGCCCUGGCACAUUAAAAGGCCCGGCCCGCCUGGC